UAAUGGAUAUCUAAGUUAGAUACUAAAAUGAAUAAAUUACUUUUGAUGGAGUACAAUCAUAUGAGGAUUUGUAAUAAGAAAUCCAAUAAAAGUAUCCCCUUUUAACAAAUAUUGAAUUGUCAUAUUAAGAUGAAGAAGGUGAUACAAUUUAAGUUUCAAAUACAAGUGAUAUCAUUGCAAUAGUAAGUGUUAUGAUUAAACAUUACUAGACAGAUUUUACUAAAGUGAUUCUUUAAAUGGAUGCAUAAAUAGAUUAAUAGAAAAUCUAAGAAUUAGAGAGAGCUAAGAAAGUGGAAGAAUUAAAAUAGAAACGACUUGAAGAGUAAAGAAGAAAAAAAUUGGAAGUAAUAUAAUACAAAUUAAUCAUUUAGGAAAUACAAAAAGAAAUGGAUAAAAUUUAAGAAAUAAACUCAGAAAAAGCCUUAAUAGAAGAAUAAUUUAUAUAAAAAUCUGAAGACUUAAGGAAUCGUUGUGAACAAUUGAAUUAAUUUCAAAGUCAACCAUUGCCUGAUUUUAAACAAAUUUUUUAUGACUCCAAUUUUUUGGAUUUAAUUAGAUAAAAGGAAUCUGAACUAUUGGUAUUGGUGGUAAAUAAUUAUAAUUUAAUAUUUUUAUAGGAUUAAAAAGGAUUCGAUACUUAAUUAAAGGCAAACCAAAAGAAUUUUUAAGAGACAUUUGAAAAAUUAUUUGCUAGAAGGACUAUAUAACAUCAGGAAAACUAUUCUAGAUGGUUAGAUAACAAACAUAAGAUUAAUGAUAUUUAUUAAUAGAUUAGAUAAGUAGAAAAUGAGAGAUUGGUAAAAUUAUAAAAAUUAGAUGAAAAAUUGAAAAGACUUUAAGAAAAUUUGAUUAAGAUUAAAGCAGAUUUAAAUAUGCCUUAGUAGAAUGAUGAUUAAUUUUGA